AAGAGGAAAGAGGUCCCAAAUGCUUUAUCUACUCAGAGGCUCUCCAGAACAAUGGAAUAUCAUUCAGAUUUAGAAAAUUUGGAUGAAGACGGAUAUACUCAAUUAUACUUCAAGUCUCAAGGCAUCACCAGGAGAGCUGUGGUCUCAGAAAAAGGAACGCAUGCUGUCUCUCCUACUUGGCGUCUCAUCGCCAUGACUUUGGGAAUCCUGUGCUUGAUAAUACUGGUGAUAGCUGUGGUCCUGGGUACCCUGGCUAUUUGGAGAUCCAAUUCAGAGAACAACUCAUUGAAGAAUGACAGCUCUCUACCAAGAAAUAAAGAGAACCACAGUCAUCCCACACAAUCAUCUUUAGAAGAAAGUGUGGCUCCUACCAAGGCUCUCAAAACCACAGGAGUGUCUUCCAGCUCUUGUCCCUCUAACUGGAUUAUACAUGAGAAGAGCUGUUAUCUAUUUAGAACAUCACUAGACUCCUGGAAAAGCAGUAAAAUACAGUGCUCUCAACUGAACUCAAAUCUCCUAAAGAUAGACAGCCCAAAAAAAUUGGAAUUUAUAAUUAAACAAGUGUCUUCCCUACCUAAUAAUUCAUUCUGGAUAGGGCUUUCUCGCCCUCAGCCUGAGAGACCAUGGCUCUGGGAGGAUGGAUCAACAUUCUCCUCUAACUUGUUCCAAAUCAGAAGCACAGCUACCCAGGAAAAUGCAUCUUCCAACUGUGUAUGGAUUCACCUGUCCAACAUUUAUGACCAACUUUGUAAUGUGUCUGCACACAGUAUUUGUGAGCAGAAGCUCUUGGAGUAAAGGAAAGGUGGAGGUAGGAGAGAGAAUUAUAUGAGACAGUAAGGAGAACAGGAAAUGGAAUGGGAAAGAGUGAUAUUUGAGGUGAAAAUGAAUGUUGGCAAUGUUGAGGGAGCUCUGCAAGCUUUAAUCUUAACUGAGAAAUAGGCUGGAGAGGCUGUUACUUCUGUGCUUGUCAACUCUAUAGGUAGGGAGGCAAAUAGUAUCAAGUUCUAGUUUAUAGAACCCUAGUCAUGGAGUCAGGGCAGCUAAGGUUGAAUUUUCAUUCUGCUAUUGAUUCAAUAUUUAUUUAGAAUAAGCCACAGUCCUUAGAGCUUCGAAGGAGUCUUAAUAUCUGGCUCCUCUAGAGCUAUUUUUCUGUUUUCAAAAAUGUCACUGGAGCAGACAUUGUGUGUUUUUAUGACUUAUUCCUCAAUUUCUAGCCGUAUGUCAGACAUUUGGAGGGCAAAAUACACUUUCAAGUAGCCAGUGAAGAAAUGGGAAGAAAAGUCUUCAAUACCAUCGGAGCCAUUUUAUUACUUUCAUCAAUACAAUCAUGAUUAUGAUUACCAUCAUCAAAAAGAAGUGACUCCAACUUUUUAUUUAUCAAUAAAUGCUCAGAGAGUACGUCCACCAUUAUCUCUAACUAAUAAAAUCCUGUAUAAUAUGAAACUGUAGGGAAACUGCUCUUAUAGGAAAGUUUUCUCCUUUUUUAAAUAUUAUCAUUCAAUCCAUCAAAUCUGAUAAUGAAUAUAAAAAAGUAACCAAUGUCAUUGGCAAAAGUAUUUAACAUUUUGAAAUGCAAAACAUGUUUUAUUAUUUUUACAAUGUGUUGUUCUGCAAUUUUCAUCAAUUCUUUAGUAAUUACUCUUAAAAUGUAUGAUUGAAAUGUAACCAUGUAACCUCAUGUGAUAAUUUGCCUCAUUUUUUUUUUUUUUUUUGUAGAGACAGAGUCUCACUGUACCGCCCUCGGGUAGAGUGCCAUGGCGUCACACAGCUCACAGCAACCUCUUAACUCUUGGGCUUACGUGAUUCUCUUGCCUCAGCCUCCCGAGCAGCUGGGACUACAGGCGCCUGCCACAAUGCCCGGCUAUUUUUGGUUGCAGUUUGGCCGGGGCUGGGUUUGAACCCACCGCCCUCGGCAUAUGGGGCUGGCGCCCUACUCACUGAGCCACAGGCGCUGCCCUGCCUCAUUUUUUUUACAUAUACAUGUGUUUGUUAGGUUUCCAUUUUUUUGCCUUCACAAAAUUAAAAAGGCUUAAAAUUUAAUAACAAUAACAAUGUUUAUGAUAAGGAGUAGAAACAAAAACCUCAUAAAGAAUGAACAAACAUAAAUACAUUCAAAAAAGGAAUCAGACAGUUGCUACAUCGAAAUAUUAAGCAAUAAUAAUAAUAAUGCAAAGAAAAUAACAUACACAUUGUCAAAUAAGAGUAUGUCUAUUAUAGAAUGCUUUGACUCUUAGAUUCAGUAUGGAGUCAUCAGUUAACUUAUUAUUUUUUUUAAGUCUCAAAAAAUAGACAACUAAUAUUUAUAAAUAAAAGUAAAAGAAAAUUUCAAAAAACAGAUCAUGCCAAAUCUUAUAAACAAUAGAAAAAAGAAGAAAUACUUCAAAAUCAUUCUACUUGAUCUGGGUACACCUGAUAUUAAAAUUGGAGAAAAUAUAUUAUUAAAAGGGGGAAAUUACAAACAUAUGUCCCUUACAAAUGAGGAUGCAAUAUCCUAAACAACCUAUUUGUUGGGUGAGGGAAAGGAAAAGAAGAAAAAGAAAAAAAGCAAGAAAAGAAAAGAAAAUAGUGACUAAUUCUCACAUAAAUUGUAUUUAACUUUGACCAAAGAGCAUUACUUGAACAAUUUGUCUCAUUUUUUUUCAAACUUUCCUACUGGUACUAUUUUUAUUUUUAUUAUUAAAUCAUAGCUGUGUACAUUAAUACGAUCAUGGGGCACCAUACACUGGUUUUAUAGACCGUUUGACACAUUUUCUUCACACCGACUAUUUUUAUUUUUAAUGGAGAUUUCUAUAUUGUUGGGGAGUCAUUUAUAGUCCUCUCACGUUGAUUAAUAUUAUGUACGUAAACAGAAAUUUUGUCAAGUUUCACUGAAUUGUUUACUUUCAAAUGGAUAGUUUUAUGUCAUAUGAAUUUCACUUCAAUAAAAACAUGCUUGUUAAAUAAAUUUUGGCUACUAACUGAUGUGAUUGUGGGUAACAAUCAACCAAUUCUGCCUCCACAUCUCAGGCUGCUAGUGUUAUAGGCAUGAGCCAUCCCAUCUGGCCACUGUUACAAUUUGUAGCGUUCUAUCUUUUUGUUUCAUUUUCACAUGUUCUUUACAUACUUUGUCUUCAAAAUUUUUACUGCUUUCUUAUUUCCUAUACUGCGGGUUAAUACUCAACCCAAUGCAAAUUGAUAAAUAAUUUUUUAUUUUCUGUUUCGUAAGGCACUAUACAAGAUAGAGAUGUUUUUAUGUUUAUU